AUGGCCCAGCACACCCGCCUCGCCCUCGCCCGCUUCCUCGCCAUCCACACCACCCGCCACGCACUCCUCGCCGAGCUCCACGGCGCACUCCAGCCAGCACACCACCAUGGACAGGACAGCCCCCCGGCCCAGCAGUCCCACUCGGGCUGCAGACACGAACACAAGACCAUCGACACCAGCCCAGAGGAGUACAUCCAGCAGGUGAUCGCCAUCGCCACCUCCGGGCUCAUCGAGAUCCGCGACGAGGCCAAGCUGCUCAUCCACAUCCUCGGCUCCGACCUCAACCGGGCCGACCUGGCCGGGCUGCUCGGCCGCAUCGAGGCGCUCCAGGCCGACAGCAUCGCAGAGUAUCUCCAGCAAAGCCUGCUCUGCCGGAAGGCCCGCGUCGAGGAGCGCGACUACAGCGCAAGGCUCGCCGGCCGCCAGCAGAAACUCGACGCACUCGCCCAGGCGAUCGCCGGCCUCGCCGAGGAAGUCCAGGCCGAGCUGGCCGACCUGCCGUGA